UGCCAAUUUAAUGAUUAUCCACUAGAAAUCUUUCUAUAUUUUACUUUUUAAAAAGCCUCCUUCCUCGCAUUAACCACUGGCGGCUAUUGCCGAAGAAUCUAGAUUCAUGGUUACUUUCAUUUCGUAUUGGGACCGCAUAACAUAAUUCAACAGUGCAGGAAAACACAAUUUGCCAAUCACAAUUCUUCUUUCAAUUUGAUAAGUUAUAUGCUUGCAGUGGCUUGAUGGUUAAGGCCUAUAAACAAGAACAUGUCUACAAGCACCCAUGGGGGAGAGUGACAUCUGCAUCUUGGCGCAAGUUUGUGGAUCCAGAGAACAAACGCACCCUCUCUCACAUCCUUGAAGUCGACACAUUGAAUAAGAAGCUUGAACCUGAAACCGGAAAGCUUUACACCACUAGAGCAAUCACUAUCCAUGCUCCAGGACCAUGGUUUAUACGCAAGAUGGUUGGCCAAGAUAUAUGUCACUGUGUCGAAUCUACAGUUGUUGAUGCUCAAACACGUUCAAUGCAACUUGCUACUCGGAAUGUUAGCAUGCAGAAGUUUAUUGAAGUUGAGGAGAAAAUUCGGUAUGAUCCACAUCCUGACAAUCCUUCUGCAUGGACACUUUGCAGACAAGAGACUAGCAUCAAGAUAAAGCCGAUUUCUGCCCUUGCUUCUAUGGCUGAAAAGGUGGAACAGCGAUGUGUUGAAAAGUUUUUACAGAACAGUGCCAAGGGUAGGGAGGUUAUGGAAAGAAUGUGCAAGUAUCUUGAAGCUGAAUCUCGUAAUAUUUCCAUCUAACUCUGCUGUUCUCUUUUUAAGCUGUGCUAUAUAGAACAAGGUUCUAAAUCAUACAGACCCAAUGUAGACAAAUUAGUGGUAGCAUGUACUAAUAAUGUAAUUCGCUUGAGCUUAUAAACUUGAAGUCGUGUAUGGCAUUUAGACUUGCCUCAUUUUUGAAACAAGUAUACUUUCCUGUUUAAUCUAA